UGGUUGACGGCUCGCCAGUGUUUUCAGGGGCAGGUGCUCAAAGAAAAUGGCGUUCGCUGUGGAAUCUUGAGUUGUUAAUCUCAAGAAAUCGCAGUUUUAUGUGUGAAAUAUAGAAAAGUUAUCGUUUUUAUAUGAAAACAAAAUAAUACGCAUAAUGCAGGGUCAAGAAGGCCUUUCUGGGUCUUCGGACCACAGAUUAGCACUAAUCCAUGAAAUGAGUGCCCAUAAUUUUGACUUGAUUAGGUUUGCUUCAUACAGAACCGCAACAAAAUUGAGAUUUAUCCAGAAAAAAGUCAGCUUGCAUGCUGUAGACAUUUGGAAUGUGAUCGAAGCCUUUCGGGAACAAGGUCUGCACGCUCUAGAGCCGUCUUCGGAGCUGAGCGUUGCCAGACUUGAAACCCUGUUAUGUUCCUUGUAUCACAGCUUGAACAAGAGGGCGCCGCCCACGCAACAGGCCCACGUCGACGUUUGUUCCGGCUUGCUGCUGAAUUGGAUCUUGGCCGCGUACGCCACCGUCGACAAUGUCGGCAAAAUUCGGGUUUUCUCGAUUAAGGUCGCUUUGGCAACGCUGUGCGCCGGCAAGUUAGUCGACAAGCUAAGAUAUAUUUUCUCUCAAAUAUCCGACAGCAACGGCAUGUUAUUGCAAUGGAGGUUUAACGAAUAUCUUCAAGAAGUUUUGGCGCUACCUGCAGCUGUUUAUGAAUCUCCCACCUUUAACUAUACCGACUCUUUGGCUAACACUAUUUUUAGCUCGAAAGCGAACGUGACCGUAAACGAUUUUUUGGACAUUCUAAUGUCUGAACCAGGGCCUCCAGCCCUAGUUUGGCUACCACUUUUGCAUAGGAUUGCCAAUGUUGAAAACGUUAUUCAUCCAGUUCAGUGCGACGCUUGCCAAAGAGAAAACUUUACCGGCUUCCGUUACCGCUGUCAAAAAUGUCCUCAUUACACUCUUUGCCAAGAUUGCUUCUGGAGAGGUCGCGUAUCUCAGCCGCAUACCUUAGAUCACCAGGUCAAGGAGUAUGCGUCAUUUUCUCCCAGUAAAACAAUAGGUCAUUCUCUACGAAAAUCAUUCCGAUGCGUUCCCGAUAAGCAGAGGAACAACUUGCCAAGGUUUCCCGAACAGCCCGAGAAAACGUUGAACUUGUCCCAUAUAGUGCCACCUUCUCCUAUACCAUCUCACAAUGGUUUUCCAGAUGGCAACUUCACUUCCCCAUUUGAUGGCAUGGGUAGUUUAGACAGCAGGUCAACUGCUAGGAGUUUGGACAGUGCGAGAGACGAUGAACACCGUCUAAUCGCUCGUUAUGCUGCUAAGCUAGCCCAGGAGGCCCGCUCAGGCAUGCCUCGAAACGCCGGCUACAGAAAACACUCACUUACAUUGGACACGGGUCGAGUUCCUUCGGAAGCUUGUCUAGGAAUGGAUUCAACCAGGGCUCAACGCGAACUCAUAGGUCAAUUGGAAGCGAAAAAUAGAGAAAUUAUGAGAGAAAUCGCAAGAUUAAGACGCCAACAAGAAUUAGAGUCUAGCGGUCACGGUGCGGACAACCCAGUUUUGAUGAAUGAACUCCGCGCACUGCGCAUGCGUAAAGACGAGCUUGAAACUCACCUUACCACCCUCCAAGACUCCAGAAGACAACUGAUGAUACAACUCGAAGGCCUAAUGAAAAUGUUGAAGAACCACCAGUCUUCGCCGCGCAGUACUCCAAACUCCUCCCCGCGCAGCACCAAAUCCCCUCCACUUCCGCCCGGUGCAACCUCCCAACCUGGAGGCCCCCGCAGCGCCCCUCAAACCCCCCUAGGUCAUCCUCCCACGAGUCAAUCGAUGUCGAACUCCAUGGGACCGGAGAGGCCCCAAAACAUUCAGCAGCAUCCGCCAGGUUUGGGUCAACCUCUCGCUAGUAUGAUCGUGGGCAGCAGGGAGGCGGUUAAUAGCAUGCCUCAGGAGAGGGAGCGGGAGAGAGAAAGGAACGAUAGGGAUAGAGGGAUGCAUAAUGUUAACAGCGAUUCUUUGAGCGGAGUGGGGGGAGAUGUCAGGAACGCCUUUGGAGGGUCUUCUAAUAUUAAUAUGGGUUCAAAUGGUAACGGCACUCCAGGAUCUGCUGGAAGGUCCCUAAGGAACGACUUACUGGUGGCUGCAGAUUCGGUGACAAACGCAAUGUCUACUUUAGUGAGAGAAUUGAAUUCAGACUUCGAAGACGACGGAGAGGAAGAAUCGGACGGAGGUUGGCAGCAAGAACUACAACGGAGGUACGCGCAAGAAGCCAACUUCAUGGCGGAGCUGCGCGCCCGACAUCCGGUCAGUCCGCCGGAAAACCACCAGAUGGUAGGCAACCCGCACUUCCCCGGCCAUCCGGCCCACCCGGGCCAGCAGAACUUCAACCACAACAUGCACUUCGCCGGCCAGAAUAACGUGGCCAAUUUCCCCGGGCCUCAGAACUACCCCAAUUAUAAUCAGCCAGGUCCUAAUCAGGGUCCGUUUGGGCCUCAGCAAGGUAAAUUUGAAAAAAAUCUCAAACCAGCUGCAGGAGAACCUGCAAAAAACAACGAGCAAAUAGAAGAGGCCAGUGAAUCCCAGGAGAUGAAAGUUAGGAACAAGGAAACCCUCCAGUUCGAGGAAGCACUCAAACAGUGGGUUAACUGAUAAAACGCUAAAUAAAUAAGUAAUUGUACUUAACCUACAUGUUUAUACGACACUGAAAUUUGUGAAUAAUUUGGACUAAUUAUUUAAUAUUUAGAAGUCAUAAUCAUCGCAAAUUUUAAUUUUGGUAACCUUCAGAUAUGUAGUAAAUUAAAUUAAUUAAAGGCACCACUAAGUUUUAAAUUGUAAAUAACUGGUAAUUUAAACUUAAAUAGAACAAUACCAUCCAUGGGCACUUUUAUUAUAAUUACAUAUCAUUAAAAGCUUUCAGAUUAUUUAAAUAAUGAAAAUAAAAUGCAUGUAUAUAUAAGUUCAUGAAAAAUGUGUCUACAAAGUCUAUAAUAAUUGGUAAUGUAACCAUCUGUUAAAUAGCAAUGAAAUUAUCAAAAACUCCUCAGGUUGUUCUAAUUGGGACUGUAAAUUUACAGCAUGAAGUGUAAAUAUUCCAUUAAUAUAGAAUUGUAGACUUGGAUACAAUCAUCAAAUCAUAUACUAUACAUACUAUAAUAGGUUGUCUAAAUUUUGGGUGAGACCAAAAUUAAAUAAGCAUUGUGUAUGUUUAAAAAAUAUAACCCCUUACUAGCAAAACACUUUUGGAAUUGGAAUUAUUAAUUUCAACUCAAUGUGUGAUGAGUAAAUUGAUUUAAGGCUUAUUCUAGUUGGACCAAUAUAAUUACUCCUAACCUAAUCUGUAAUUAUAUAGCUAACUUGCUUACAACAUACAAUAUAAUGACUUUCGUACUUUUACUAACCAACCCUUUAUACCAUUAUAUAAAAAACUAAAUAAAUAUAGGUAAAAAUAUAAUCAAUAUAAAAAGCAUUGCUAUUAAGUAGUCAAUCAUCAACUAGGUAGAACUGAAUUGUGUUUGUUGGCCAUAGACUUUUAUUUUCAGAUGUAGUCUGUAUAAAUGAUGUCUCAAAAGUCGCGGACCACCUUGAAGGUAUAUAUUUACAAAUAGGAAUCCCACAGAAAAUUUCAUCUAUAUUAUUUAAAAAAAUAUGAGCUUCAACAUUGGGUUUUUAAACUUAAAAAUAAUGAUUUUACCUUGUUUAUAUUUUUUCAAGUAUUAUUACAUAGAUAAGGCCUAAUGUACAUAAUGUUUAAACAAUGGUUUUAUUAGGUAUUAAUGAGAAAAUGCAUUUUAGGGUUUUUACUUUAAAAAUUUUCAAGGUAGUGCAUGGCUUUUGGGACACCCUGUAUUGAUUUCAUAUUGUUAAAGAAAAAGAUUUAUUACUAGAUAUUAUGUACAAAAUACCUUCUUUGACUGAGAUUAGUCAUAGUUAAAGAAUUGUUAAAGUUUUACAUGUUAUACUGUAGUUCUUAAAUAAAUAAUUUAAACGGAAAAACUUGUUUUACUUACUUAACGUUUAUUAAAAUAAAAUUCAUGUAUUUAACAUUUAUUUCCUCUUAAACUUUUUUCCUUUCUUGCCUUCAUUCUUAAACUUUGGCAAUUUGAUAACUCCAUCUUUUCUCUCCAGUUGCUUUUUGUUGCCUUUAUACAACUUUACAAACCUGCUUUUUUGCUUUGAAUAAGUUUCUACGGCUGCUUUCAUAACGUCAACUGCUUUCUCAUUUUGGUCAGUUACCUCCAUUGGUAGUACCAACUCCCCAGUUGCUAGGGGGUAUUUUCCACUGAAACCUUUGGGGAAAACGGGUUUUGAUAGCAUGGAUGCCAAAUGUUUCCGUUUGAUUUCGGCGAGUUUUUUGCUUUUUUGGGC